AUACUAGCCUUGAACUUCUCUUCAACUAUAUAAAUAUAAAUCAAUAUUUUUCAUGUAUCUUUCUUUUCCAACAAUCCUUCUCUUAUUUUUGCAUCCAGUGGUUGCAAUGAUUCCUCAUGGUAUCACGAUUAAAGAACCAAAGUGCUGGUAUGUGGCAAACCCGGGACCCUGUGAUGAUUUUGUAAAAGUCUGGGGCUACGAUUAUAUGACCAAUCGCUGUAUUUUCUUCUAUUAUGGAGGCUGCGGUGGGAAUCCAAAUCGAUUCUAUACGAAAGAGGAGUGCCUGGACACCUGCCGAGUGCACAGACCUCCAAACCGGAAGAAAAGGGAAGGAGAUUUGGACGUAGAAGAGGAGGAGGAGGAGUUUGAGGAGGAUAUUGACAACUGGGACAAAUGGGUAGAUUGGGACCAUUCGGAGCUAUGAGUGUACCAAUAGAAAGGGUAUGCAAAAGUCGCCAUGGCUAGUAGACAUUGACUUCAAGUUAACUUUUGAU